AUGAAGGCUCGUCAAUCACUCAUUGCUUUCAUCAUCAAUCCUAAUCUUACACACACCACAAAAAGAAGAGCAAGCAAUUUCAUCACGUCCUCUCUCGUGAUCGCUUCCUUGCUUAUACUGGCUACGUUCACUACUAUGGUAUUUUCAUUGAGUCUUGGUAAAUGGGAUGAAGUUCAUAUAAAAAAGGGUGCUUUACCUCUUGAGAGGCCAUUCCAUGGCUGUGAUUUACAUCCGUCAGGCAAGCGAAUGAUCGUAUACGGAGGAAGAACAGGAAUUACCACGAUGGGAAACACCUUUCAUAGCUUUUCUUUCCAAGAAAAAAGUUGGACCAAGUAUAAUGUUGAACCUGUCGAUAUGAAGGCUGUGCCAUCAUUGGCUGGACAUUCUUUCACUACAGUAGGCGAUAAGAUUUACAUUUACGGAGGAAGAAGUGGUUUGUUCCACUUUAGUGAUGAACUCUUUGUUGUGGAUACUCAAUCAGAUACCAUCAGAAAGGUCAUCACAGAAGGAGAGACUCCGUCUGCUCUUCAAUCUCACUCUGCUUCUUCUUUUGGAGAGUGUAUCAUUAUUUAUGGAGGUAGUGAUGGCAAACGCACAAAGAAUGAUUUAUUUGCUUUCAACACCAAGACCAAUGCUUGGAAAUUGCUCCGAACAUCUAAUCCAGGACCAUUCAUUGAAGGUCAUAAGAGUAUCCUUGCUGGAAACAGACUUUUCAUGGUUGGUGGUGUGAAUUCUAAUAAUGACCAACAAUUUAAUCCUGAUAUUAAUGUCUUGACACUCCCACAAACUUGUGAUGAACUUUUUGAUGGUAGUGCUGCAUUAACUUGGUCAGUCUUGAGAGUAGGAAGUAAGCCAAGAGCAUUCCAUUCAGCAAGCUUGCUAGAUGACAAGAUUUAUGUGUACGGUGGAAUGAAUUCUCAAGAUACUCUUCAAGACACCCAGGUGUUUGAUAUUAAGAGAGAAAAAUGGCUGGACGAUAGCACCAUUGAGAAUGAACCAUCUAUUCCUCGUAGAGGACAUUGUAGUGUUGUUUUUGAACAUAGUAUUUAUAUUUUCGGAGGAAGUAGUGAUUGGAAAAGAACUUACAAUGAUGUUUGGAUGUUGAACACUAAACCAGAAAUUACAUUCGAGCCUGUGACCUUCGAUCCAAAGAAGGAUUUAUCAGAAUAUAUUGAAGACGCUCUUUCAUCAGUUCAACAAUUGUCAUCCAUUGAUAUUGCCACUGAGGAAAAUGAAAGAUUGAAUGCUGAUAUUUUGAAAUCAGAGAAUGAAUUGAGACAACUCAUUACAGCUGACACUGACGACUCAUCAUUGAACGAUCUUGUCAAACGUAUUGCACAAUGGAAAAAGAUUGAGACAUUGUUCUUGGAGCUCCAACAAAGCAAGUCAAAGGUUCAAAACAUGACUGAAAAUAUCAAAUUUGACUUUGAGGACAUUGACAACCUUGUUAAAGAAUACAACAAACAGGUUGAGAUUUUGAAAAAGAGCAGUGAAGCAUUGACUUCUCGUCUUUCCACUUUGAAAGAAAAGGAAGACAAGGUUUCUUCUGAAGAAAAGAAGGUAAAGGACAUUGUUCUUCAACAAGAAUCUGUCUUGAACACUGUCCAAGCAUUGGAGGCCGAUCUCGAUCAACAAAAGACUCUCUACAAUAACAAGAAUAGGCUCAGAGAAAAGAUUGUGAAGGAAAGAGAAUCAUUGCAUGAAAGAUUGAAUCAACUCAAUACCAUUCUCAACACAGCUGACGAUAUUCAAAAAGAAUCACAAGCCAAGGAAAGUACUCGACUUGCUGAUCUUGAGAGAGUUCGUGAACAAAUUGGAAGUAUUAGCUCUGAAAUUGAAGACUACAGAAAGCUUGUUAAAACUCUGAGCCAUGAGAUGAGAAGUAUUGACAAUCGAUUGUCAAAGAUUAAUGAACUUACCAAUGAAGCUCAAUCGGUCAAGCUCAAGUUUGCUGAACAAUUAAAAUACAAGUAUGCCUAUGAGAAGAGUAAGGACGACUUCCUCUCCAAAGUAUUUGAAUUGGAAGAAGAAAACAUUGCUGAAAAGAUCCCAAAGAAGACUGAAGAAGAAAAGAAGAAUGAUGAAAUGAAAGAAUUGGACAAUAUGAUUGAAACUUAUAGAAUUAAAUACCAAAAGACCAAGAGCGCCAAGUCCAUUGAAUUCCAACAAGCAUCCGAUGAGCUCAAGAGAAGAGAGGCCAAACUUAAAGAACUCAAAGAACAAGAAGAAAAGAUUACAGCUGAAUUGAGUAGCCUUCGUGAAAGAAUUGCAUCCAAGAAGAAUGAAAAGGAAAGCAGUCAAUUGGAGAAGGACAGAAUUGAAGAUGCAUGGAAAGACAAGUGCUCUGAGGCUGACACUAUUGAAGUUGAAACCAAUCAAUUGAAGAAUUCUAUUGACGAACUGCAAAGCAAGUUGAAUGAUGAGAGAAAGGAAAGCCAAAGAUUGGCCUCUGAACUCGAAGUACAACGUUCUGCUUAUCAGAUCGCCAAGACAGAUCUCGACAAUCUCAAUGCUGAACUUAAGGACAGCUAUGAGAAGGUUGUUGCCUAUAAUAAUGGUAUCAAGAAGUUGGGAUCUAAGAUUUCAGCCAUGAAGAGAGCUGUGAGUGUCAGAAAGUCAGAUUAUGAUGAUCAACGAGCUGAUUUUGUUAAAUUCAGAGAUGCUCUCAACAAGGCUAUUGAGGAUGCUGACAGAGUGUUCUUGGAUAGAAUUAGACAUCUCGAAGCACAAUUGAGCUCCUUCACUGGCAAGCCAUCAUCUAAUACUCAAACACCAGACAAUCAAACCCAAGCUCCAGAAGAGAUUGUACAAACCACACCAACUACCACUGUAGCUGAAGACACCUUUUAA